AUGUCUCAAGAGUCAAAGCCCAAGAAGGCUCCAAAGGUGAUCUGGAAUGAUGCAGAGACAGAUGCCCUUGUCACAUACCUCCACACAGAAUGUUCAAAAAUAGGAGACAGUGGGAUUUUCAAACCACAGGUUUACAAUGACACUGCAACUGCCAUUGCAGCGCACUUGACCCUUGGCCCAAUAAAGACUGGAGGCCAUUGUAAGACCAAAUGGCAAUCGUUGAAGACCAUUUACCACGUUAUUGAAAACUACCACCUUCACACAUCUGGCACUCACUGGGAUAAUCAGAUUGGAGCUGGUAUUGAGGGGAAGGCUGCAAGUGACGUAUGGGAUGCAUAUAUGGAGAAGAAGGCCAACCAUGUCAUGUGUCCUUACAGAAACACUGGAUGGACCUAUUAUGCUCAAAUGCAAGAGAUUAUGCCA